GUCUCCACUGAUACUGUGGCACCGCGGAGGCUCAGAGCGCAUGACGCCGGGGGAGGAGGCGCCACGGGUCAUAUGAGCGUCAUCAGGGGGACCGCGGAGAGCCAGUCCCACGGCACGGUGGAGUGGAGCCAGUCCCACGGCACGGUGGAGUGGAGCCAGUCCCACGGCACGGUGGAGUGGAGUCAGUCCCUCCGAGGAGAGCGCCGCUGCACCGCCUACCCACCGGGCCGCUUCCUCGGAGAGAUGGAGGUCCACUCGUGACCGCCGACUCCAGAGGUGGAAGCAUUGUCCCUCAGGCGUGAUUUGGGACAACCAAAAUCACACCCCAAUCCAGUUCCAGCCAGCCCAAACCGGUUCCCCUCCGGUUCCGCUCCAGCCCAAUCCGGUUCCAUCCAGUCUAAUCCGUUUACACCCAGCCCUAUUUGGUUCCGGCCAGCCUCCGCCUCGGUUCCUUCAGCUCCGGUUGGUGGGGCGGGGUGUGGGGUCUUAACAGCGUGCCUUUGCCAUGGCCGAGGCCACCAAGUCGUCCCUGCUGAAGGUGAUCCUGCUGGGCGACGGCGGCGUGGGCAAGUCGUCGCUGAUGAACCGCUACGUGUCCAACAAGUUCGACACGCACCUCUUCCACACCAUCGGUGUGGAGUUCCUAAACAAGGAACUGGUGGUGGACGGCCGCGCCGUCACGCUGCAGAUCUGGGACACGGCAGGCCAGGAGCGCUUCCGCAGCCUGCGGACGCCCUUCUACCGCGGCUCGGACUGCUGCCUGCUGACCUUCAGCCUGGACGACGGCCAGAGCUUCGUCAACCUGGCCAACUGGAAGAAGGAGUUUGCUUACUACGCCGAUGUGCGCGACCCCGACCGCUUCCCCUUCGUGGUGCUCGGCAACAAGGUGGACGCACCCGAGCGGCAGGUGGCCGGCGAGGACGUGCAGCACUGGUGCCGCGACAACGGCGGCCACGCCUACUUUGAGACCAGCGCAAAGGACGCCACCAACGUGACGUCGGCGUUCGAGGAGGCGGUGCGCCGCAUGCUGGCCACUAGUGACGAGCCUGCCCACCACCUUUUGCCGAGCGACGCAGUGGACCUGCGGCGAAAGGAACCACGUGGCAGCGGCGGCGGCAGCAGAAUUGCCGAUAGCGGUGAGGCGUGCUGCUGAACUGACAACCCCCCGUCCACCUCCUCGGUUGCUCACGGGAUGGGGAGCAGACCAAGGUGAAUGCGGAGGCGUCCGGUCCUGCUUGAGGUUAGCAGCGUGUGUCGCCCGUCUAUGCAGAGGUUUACAUCCACUGAUCGCUGAUUGGUCGAGCAGGGGCCACGUUGAUCACAGCGAGCCAAGGCGUACGGGAUGAGAGGCAGCCGAUGUGUGCGUGGUAAACCUCCACUAGGUAGGAUACUGACUCGUAUGUUAAACCCCAACUGAACUUAACUGCCGCACUGAAUCCAAUAUGUAGGAAACAAUGUUGAUAAAAAAUUUAACAAAAUGGCAUCUCAAAACACUAUCAAAUUGCAGGUGCUUAUAGUAUAAGUUUCCUGUUUUAAUUCAUGACCAUAUCACUGACCUUGUUCACUAAGCCUUAAACAGACUUACGUUAUUUUAAGAGGUUUCUCUUUUGUUUUUAAUCUAAAUUCCAUAAUGAUGAUGAUAAUAAUCUAGAUUAUAGUGCAAAGGUUUUAUAAUUAAUACAUCUGCCAACAGAUGAGAUUGAACUGAAAAUAGAACAUGAUUUGUAAUGCAAAAACACUGUGAAAUGAUGUCAUAAAUAUAUAUUGUAAAAAAUGUUAUUGAAAUAAAUGGUCACAAAAACCGAUUAAUAUUAAGGAAUGAGAUGAUUAUGCAUUAUGGUUCCGAAUGAAUCAAGUUUGGACCUGAAAGAUGGUUAAUCGUGUUUAUGAACUGAUAAACACGAUUAACCAUUGAUUUUUUUUUACAAGCAUAUCCCUGAACAAGCAUGACUCAAGACGUUUUGAUGUUAAUUUGUAUUUUAAUUUGCUCGCAUAAUAACGAUAUGUAGAUAAAGAAGUGUCAUAACUUUAGCCACCAGAGGGCAGCAUUGUGCGGAAGGCCUGCCUGACCAACGCCCAGCCGACAUUACGACAUCAUAUUACCGUAAUGCCUGCUGUCACGUUGCACGCCAGCCAUAAUGUUUUAACAAUUAACUGUGUUUAGCGUUUUAUUUUACACACUGUAUGGACACAAUCAUGCUGGAGUGUACGACUUGUUUCGCAGAAGAUUUACGACAUAACGCACACUUGACAUAUAGUUAGAAUCAACCUUGCAUGGAUGACAUCUGUCCAUUUUAUGGGGAACUGGCGUUUUUUAAGAAUAACGAAAUUAUUUAGACUGAUUCUUGAUGAUAUUCAGGCCUGACACUGAUCCACAUUGAUCGGAUAAACGAUCUUCGUGUUAACUGUGUGUCUAAAAGGUAAAAGAAGUAGUGAAACAGGCCAGGCUCAUGGUGAGUAAACCAUCAGGCCCAGUUUCCAAACGUUCAGAAAAGCCAGACUCAAGAAUGACGCACAGACAACGACGUCACGAUAAUAAAAAUAUCGUUUUUUACUAGAGAAGGUUACAAAAAUCAUCACUAUAUAUGAGUCAUAGAACUAUUUCCCAACUUAAAAAAUGAACAAAUAAUCAUGUAACAUCUACUGGGGAGUGAGGGGGGGGGGGAGGGGGUCUAACAAUGCCAUCAAGUACAAUGGAGAUCCUUUAGAAAAGAGUGGGGGGCUCGGGGGUCAGAACACUGCCUAUCAUACUGGUCAGUACACUUGAUUACACAUCACCUGUACAAGACUGCAAAGACACAGUUUGAGUCUCCUUCAUGCAAGUAACAAGGAGACGACUGCCACCCUCGUCAACGUGGCGCCUCGCGCGGGGCAGAGCGUCCCUCGUGCCGACUCUGCGCCUCGCGCGGGGCCGCGCAUCAAAGUGCGAGGCGCGCGCUCGUCCAACCCCGCCGGCCGAAGCACGGAUACCAAACAAAACACACAUGGCAAUAUAGUCCUUUUUAUAACGGAACAGACAGCUGCACACGUGGACGAUACUAACAUGCUUUGUAUUAUUAUUUUUUUAUCUUGAAUCUUUUUUUGUUGUUGUAAUUAUCAUAUCCUCCUGAACCCCCCCCCCCCACACACACACACACAAAGAGUAGCUCCCAGGUUAACCUGUGAGGAUUUGUCUGGAAUACGGUUCAUGGAUAUUAAACAAUGUCCGAUUAUAAAAUGAAUAGUUAUGAAAAUUCCUGACUUGUAUUUAUACAACAGUGUAAACAUCCAAAACAGUCACUGUGGCUCGUGAGAGGCGUGAGGGAGUGGCUUCCGUCUGGUCCUCAUUGGGCUGGCCAUUGUAAAAUAAGCACAAACAUGUUCCGUCACAGGUAGCACUGAAUCACACCAAGAAGAACCCAGCUGCCUUUUAAAAAACUAAGAAAACAUUGAGAAAUCAAUUCGAUUUUAGUAAAAAAUUUUGUCGUAUGUAUUUUUAAAUCUGUAUGGUCUGCGCCCGAAGCCGUCAUCAUGUCAUCGAAGAUGCACCCUACCCCUUUCAAGAAAUGUUAAAGUUGUUACGUUACAAUUAUAUCAAAUGCAGAACUACUUUUUCAAUGCUAAAUACGUAGGUCAAAAAAUGUAAUGAAAUAUUAUGUUUAAGUUAUUUGUGGGAGUGUGGGGGGGGGGGCAUGGUGAUCUGGGAGAGGUGCCCACUCAAAUCCAGUUAAAUCUAUGAACAGAUAAGAACCUUUUUUUUUUUUUUUACUAUGGACCUCGCCCACCUGGGGUCGUCAUGGCUCUGACAGUGAGCUGAGAGGUUUAGUUCCAACCGCCCAGUUCACCCUGAUAACCAAGAUGGCCACUAGGCUUACUAAGGUUGGUUAGCAAUUCAAAGUUAAAUUUGUCCUUAUCUUUUGGGACCUUAUCUUAACAACACCGUAACAUUGGAGAUUUGGUUUUGGUUUGAGUGUGUGUCAUUAACUAAGCACACCCUUUUCUUUUCUCGGUAAUGAAGCAAACUUGCAGUUAAGAGACAAAAGUCUAGAAAGGCUAAAUGAUGCGCUUACACCUCAGUUCUCAAUAAGUCAUUGAAUAACGGCUAACCGUGCUAA